UGAACGGGUUCCGUCACCCUAACUAGUGGAUCUCUUUGUUUUCUGUUAGCCAGCUAACCCUUUAUAGUUUGUUAAAAAAAGUCAAUUUUCUGAUGAAUAACGCUGAUGUUAUCUUGAACAAGAGGUUGUGUGAAUUAUGAACAGAUCCAAUACCUGGACUGAUGUGGUUUCACGUGUUUUGUCGUUUGUCUUUGUGUUUCUGUUCUCCGCUCGUGGAAGCGUUUCUGGUUGCUAGGGACCUGUUGUUAUGGGCGUGGUUUUCUUCCUGCAUGUGUUCAGCUCAGAAACGCAGAAGAAGAAACAAGUAUUUCUGUGGAUUUCGUUGCAGUUUAUUGUUGUAAUAUUGUGCACGAUGGAUUGUUUCAGCCCUCCUCGCACUAUAGCCUGACAGAUAGUUACUUUUUGAGUCCCAUACUGAUAUUUAGGAACUAAAAAAGGUAACCCUACCAAUAUUCAUUAUUUUCCGCAUAACAUAUAAGCAUUUUUCCUAAUUUUUGUUAUCAAAUAAUUGUGACCCAAAAAUAUAGGCGGACUCUGAAGGACACUGUUUCUUGCUCUAGUUACUUAUCGUUUGGUAAGCAACAAGCCAAUACAUCGGCCUGGCUGAUUUAUUGGGGUAGCUCUUUAAACAUGUCAGUCAAUGAAAGGAAUUACAUAAGAUGAUUUGUUACAGCUGCAUGUCCAAUGUAUUUCAUUAGCCCAAUAUAUUUAUGCCGCAGUAAUCAUCCUAAUUUCAUUUUUAAAGAUAAUGCAUACAUGUUUGCAUCAGUAUAGAUAUGAUAUGCUUGACUAUUAGCUACUGUUUAGUGUUGUUAAUUUCAGAAAAUGAAAUGUUUUGUUUGGCUGCAGACAUGGCAUCCAUGGCAUGUUGCGUAAGGUGCCUGCAGAUACAUUCAGGCUUUUAGGAAUUAUUAUAGUAUUGGGGAGUUUUACCUCAGAUUUUUUCAGCUCACUGUCAGUAGUGUACAACGAAGAGAACACAUGGCUAAUAGGGUUGUUUUAGGUCAAUUAGAAAACUACAUGCUACCCCAAUACUAAUAUAACAGCUUAAGAAAAAUGGCAAAGGGGUGUAUGCCUCUAAGCUUAAAUAGUAAGAGUCAGUGCAAAGUACUACUGCUCUUGUAAUACAUGUUUUGGAUGACGCAAUAUGAAAUCUGCUUCCAAAAGAGGAACUGGAUUCACAAACAUGUAAUUAUUGAAAAGAUAUGAUAGAAUAACUUAAAGAAGAUAAUGAGAGUCGCUACCAUUACCUUUGUGGAAUAGAUAUGGUCAAGGAAGUUAGUUUAACCUGAAGAGGUAUUGUUACAUGCUACAGUUCAUGUUUCAAUCAUUUAUCAUGUUUUUUAUGAUCAUAUAAGUCUAAGUCAGAAGUCCAUUUAUAGCAUCUCUGUGGAGAACAUGCUCACUGCCUGCUUUGUAACUUGCGUUUCAAGUAAUAAAAUUAUACCUGGCUGAUGAUGUCAAGUAAGGCGUGACAUAUGAGUUCAUAUAGUCAUAUAUCACAUAUUUUUAGAGCAUAUGAGGCGAUGCCAAAAGACCAAAGGUGGUUAUUAUCUUUAUAGACUCGUCCGGCCUGUAAAUCUACCAGAUCAACAAUAGUCUCGUAAACAAGUCUGAAAUAUAGAAGCUGAAUCUGUGCGUAUUUUCAGUCAACAGUUGCCGUAACUAUUGAGGUUUUUUGGAAGUUAUAAUUUUUCUCACACAAUUCAUUUAAAAACCUCCAUAAUGAGCUCAUUUUGAAAUAGUGCAAAGAUUCAACCCACUGAAAUCAAUUACAGGACCUCUGCUUCUUUUGAGAUCAUUUCAGAAGAACAUUUGUGACAGAAUGAAAACAUCAGUGAUGCACAGUAAUAUGGGAUGACAAAAUGUUGUUUUACCCUUUGCACCCAUUAUGCACAGCGACAUAUUUUGAAUGAUACAAAUGACCAGAUAAUUGAAGCUUUCCCCCAACUCACUUCCAGUCUGUGCUCUCAGAUCAGGUUCAGCUACAUCGCUCAGAUGAAUUAGUAUGCCAAACGUUGCAACAAUAAACAAUGAUGAGCGGGAACACCCAUGCCGGGUGCUGGGACGUGUGUGCAUAAGAUAAAUGACUUGUUUUGUUAUCCUAUAAAAAUCUUUUGUCCUUGUGACUACAUUUUUCACCACAGAUUUGCUCCUUACUGUAUUUCCGUUUGUUGAUGUGGGACAGUGUUGAGGUCAUUGGAUUGAAAACAAACUUGCAUCAGUUGUAUUAAAAUGAACUCCUUCAUUUGAGGACACAGUUUGUCUCAGUUACUUCGCCUCCUUUGUUUCUGUGUGUCUGUACUCGUGUGAGCAUAUACAGCAUGCUGGCAUCCAGCCUUGUUUUUAAUGUGUGUGAGUUUUUGGUAUGAGUGACAGGCUGCAUCCUUCUGGCUCUGUCGCAAUUUGCUUGUCAGUCAAACCAUCUGGAAGCGUCAGUGUGUCAGGGGACACGUUUCUCUUUUCUCCUCACAUUUUAAACAUUUAGCAUCAGUCCAACAGUGCUAAUGCAAUAGAUCGUGGCGUUGGGGUUUUUGUUCCAUGUUCCAUCCCUCUUCGCCAUCUUCCUUCCUCUCCUGUAACCUCCACUCCUGUAUAAUCCUCCUCCUUCAGCAUUUGCCCUCGUUUCUCUUUUUGUCAUUUUGCUCUCUCCUGUAUUCUACACUGCUCCCCUCUCCUCGCCUCGCCGUGCUCUACUUGCCAAGAGGUGGAACAGCAGGCCCUGAGGCUGAGCUGGCUGUCACAUGCCAUCUGUCACAAGGUGACAUGCCAUCACGUUCUCCACUCUCCUUUUCCUCUAGGCAUAUCUGUCAGCGAAGGGGGAUUGUCAGUGAUGGUGAGAAAGGGCUUGACUCACCAGGAACAACAGUCAGAGAGGAUUCAAGAGAAAGGAAAGAAACAUUGUAAGGAAGGAUGUGGCAUGAGGGAAGUUACAGGAGAGCAGAUACGAUGGUUUUACUGGACUGAAAUCAAGAAAUCCCAGCCCCACCGAGAUGAGCGUGGAGCCCUGGGCCAGCCCGCAGGACCAGGCAGCAGCUGAGCACUCACACGGCGCACACGCGCCAUCCUCCCAGGACCAGGAGCAGCACCCCGACAAACUCUGCCUGGAUUCCUUCUGGAGUGAGGUGGAGACCAUUCGACAGGGGAGUGGCUACACAGACCUCGACUGCAGCAGGAGAGACUCCAGACAAUCAGAAGAGGGCGAACAGGAGGAGCAGUGGUUGGCCGAUGCUGGCUUAUCGACCCUCAUCAGCGAGGACAGCGAGGAUGUAGACAAAGCGGUGCUGCUGUCCACUCUGACCCGGACCCAGACCGAGGCCGUGCAGCGUCGACUGGAUUCCUACACGCUGUCCCUCCGCAAGAGGAACAAACCGGCCCCGCGAGACGUUCGCGACAUCUUCCACUCCCCCAUCGCUCAGACCCUUCUUCCUGAGUCCCAGCAUAGCGAAGACUCUCCCCAAGCCAGCAUGGCAUCGGUUGCCAAAACACCACUUUCAGCUGUGACGCCGGAGCAUCAUAGAGGCGCUCCGAAAGAGGAGUUCUUGAUCACCGACGUGGCUUACUGCGAACAGGCCGUCAUCUUCCUCAAGCAGGCCAAACUUCCGCAGAACUACAGCCAACGCCGAAAAGAGGAUGGCACCCUGCCUCGGGUGAUCUGCCCCAAGUGUCGCCUCGGAGUGACUCGUAUUCAGGAUCUCUCCCACUCUGACAUGAAGAAGGUGCGUCAGCUGGCUCUCAUCGACAUGACGGCGCUGUGCGACCUCUUGGAGCUGGAGGUUAAAAGGCACAAAACCGGCAAGAGGAAAAUCCCAGAGAGCCCGCUCUACGGUGUGCCGCUGGCCGCGCUGCUGGAGAACGAUCAGAAAAUUAAGCCCAACAGCACUAUCCCUCUCUUCAUGCAGGCGUUGUUGUCAUUUUUAGAAAAGAAAGGUGUCGAUUCAGAGGGGAUCCUGCGGGUUCCAGGAUCUCAGUCAAGAAUCAAGCUGCUGCAGCAGACAUUGGAGACCAGCUUCUACUCGGGGCAGGUCAGCUGGGACGAGGUGAGUCCCAACGACGCCGCCGCGCUGCUUAAGAAGUUCAUCAGGGAACUGCCCGCUCCUCUGCUCUCCGCCGAGUACCUCAACACCUUCAGCGCCGUUAGAGACAUCACAGAGCUGAGACAGAAACUCCACAUGUUGAACCUGCUCAUCUUGCUGCUGCCUGAGCCCAAUAGGAACACACUGAAGGCCCUCCUUGAGUUCCUCAGUAAGGUGGUGUCUAGGGAGAAGAGGAACAGGAUGAACCUGUGGGCCGUAGCGACCAUCAUGGCUCCCAACCUCUUCCUCCAUAAAGCCGUCCCCAGCAGACUGACGGAAGGGACAGAGAAAGGACAUGCGGAGAAGGCAGCUGAUGUCAUGAGGCUCCUCAUCCGCUACCAGGACCUGCUCUGGACGAUCCCCAAUUUCCUCAUGAGCCAGGUGCGUAAGCUGAAUGAGAACAGUAACCGGCGUUACCAGUUCUACGAUCGCCGCUUCAAGAACCUGCUGAGGAAGAUCCACACAGACAGCCGAGAAAAACCUGAUAAAAACACCUCAGAGCCGUGUCGCACAGUGAAGAUCCAGGACGGGGAUCUGGUGAGCAGCACCAUGGAGUUCCAGCUCAACAUCAACUCCCGAGCCUCAGACCUGCUCGCCCAGUUCCAGCGCCAGUCAGUCCGCAGCCCGGACAACGGAAAGGGCAAAAUGCGAAGAAACGGCUCUGUGGCGUAUCCUGACUGCGCCCUGUACGAGGUGGGAGGGAAUAUUGGUGAGCACUGCCUGGAUCCCGACACACACCUUCUGGAUUUGUACAACAGCAACUCCGGAGGAGAGUGGGUCAUCAAGAUGAAACCCAACGCCAGCAGACAGCUGUGAAGGAUGGACGAACAGAUCGGGGAACAGGUUGCUGAAGAAGGACAAAGGCAGAGCCUAAAAAAAAAAGAUCAAAUCCACGCAGCCCUCUCUUCUUGUCCUUUUCAUCCUUGGAGCAGCAAGGGAGGAGGAGACAGAUGGUCAGACGGAGGAAGCAGAAACAGAUAGAAGGAGAAUCUGCCAGGAGCAGAGCCUAAGAACUGUCUAUGAUCAGAUGAACACACUCUGCCCUCUGUCUCUUUCCCUUUUUUGUCUCUCUCUAUUUUCCUCUUCUUUUUCCCUUCACCCCAUCAUUCCUCGCCCGCGUUACCAUAGGGCUGCGACGCUGCAAGCACAAAGCUGCUGAUGUGACUCAUUACUUCCGACAGAAAACCUGCUGCGUAGCAAAGAGAAGUGAGAGGCUGGGCAGUUUGGUUCACCAUCUUUUCUCUCAAGCAGUCAUCUCCAACCAUGAGCGAGCAGAUGGGGACGCAGAGCACCUCUGGCUACAGAGAGCACAGGCCCCGCCCCCCUUCUCAGGCCAGCCAGACAAUGUGUUUUCAUGUCAUAGUUUUCAUUCAUCAGAUUUUUGCAAAAAGCCGAAACAUGAUUCAGGAGCUUUACAAGCAUAUUGGUUAAAUUGGUGUCUAAUACUGCGGCAGACAGUACAUUUUUUUACAAGAGAAUUCUGAGAUUCAUUCUUGACCUUGGAAACUGCCGUUAGUAGCUGUUUUGGAGAUUUCGAGAUCUCCAGAAUAGUUACUUAGGAGACUUACAUGGCAGAGAAAUCUGCUUUCUCCAGGGAUUUACCUGAGGAAAUCAGGUGUCUGUAAUUCCCUCUGAAACCAAGUUUACUCAGGGAACGGCAUAUAAAUACAGUGACCACUAUAGUUAUCCAUUUAGCUUAUGAUUUGGACAGAAAACUGUAGUUUUAUGUCCUGCUUCUUUAAUUACUGAUAAUUAGAAAACAGCAACGACGAGUAAAUGAAUGGAAAACUGAAUGCUAGUGGCUGCAGCUAACCUGGAGACAGAGCGUGACUUCAGUUACCAGCUGAUCAAUCAGUAAAUAGACUGACUGAUACCGCUCAUCUGCUUUUUAUCUCUCCGCUGACCGUUUUCCAGCUCAGACAUUUUGAUCACAAAGUAAACAAAGGCGAAGGAUUCUUCUCUGUGCCAUUCAAAGAGAUUAACUGAUAUCUUCUUAUCUGUGAAACCCUGCGAUCUCCUGGGCCUUAUAAAAAUAAAAAAAAUCCAUGGACUUCCAAGGACCCCUGACCUGUACAGAACCGCGCUCAAAGAGACUUUUUUUUUUUUUUUUGAUACCAAGGGAUUUGGUGUCACAACCUCAAGGACAGCUACUGCACCUCUAAAGGGACUUGUUAAGGACACAGUGAAGCUGGUCUUCAGUUCUCAUUUUUAAACACAUGAAUGGAGCCGAAAGUGCUGAAGUGACUCUUGGGGUAAACUGGGAUUAUUGUUGUUAUUUAUAUGAAUGUAAUGCCAUUGUUGCUUCUGUAUGUGAUGUGUAUUGUGUAGGCUAGAGAGACUUUAGGAUAAUGUGGAGUUGCUGCACUCAGUGUAUGUAUGUUGUGUGAAGUCAGCCAGACUCAGUGUGGAUAUUUGCAGUGUUCUUGUACAGAUUUCUUGAUGCUGAGUUGUUUUUCGAUACACCCUAAACAGUACAGUAAGAUAAAUGCCAUGUGUAAAUAUUCAUUCAUUCGUACACUCGGCUGUGAAGAGGCGCUGAAAUCACUGCAGUAGAACUGUUUUGAUUGCGUUGCGACGCUCAAAGUGUUCCAAACACACGCACACAGCAAAUGAAUGUGUUUAACAUUUUUGCGCCGAUCGUCAGAUGCGAAUCAUUUACUCCUCGCAGCCGGAGCCAUGUUGGUACUCCGUGGCCAUUUUGUGGGAAGUGUCUCGCACUCUCCGCUCAAUAGAUGGAGUAAUGACAGCCGGCCCUGCACUAACAUCCAUCAACACCCUCUGCUCCGUCUCUGUCACCUCAUAAUCAUGGACCAUAAUGGCAGUGUGGAAUGCAUCAGAAACACGGCGAGGAAUCACAUUUCUUUGAUAAAGGAGAAGGUAAUGAAUGGCUGUUAUAAAUUCUGCUGCCCUGGACCCGACGACAGCAGCGGUGUGUGUGUGUGUGUGUGUGUGUGUGUGUGUGUGUGUGUGCGUGAUGAGCUUCAUUACACAAGUCCAAUUGGCCUGUCCCAGGGUCCCAGGCACAGUUCAGUGCCUCGGCACAAAGCGAGCUGAUGAAACCGCCUUCUGCUGACAAUCAGGAGAACUAGGUCACCUCUGAAGCAGAAUCCCAGAGGGCAAAAAGUGUGAGUCCAAACACCCCCGAGGAGCCGAGAACUUGGACACGUAUCGGGUAAACACAACAUGAUGCGGAGUCACCAAAACAGGGCCCCCGGUUCACACGCUGCACAGGUUUUCUGUUGUUUGUGUUUGUACAUAUGUGAAUGCGUUUGUGUGAGAGAGAAAAAGCUUCCUGAAACAGUGUUUGUCUACAUGAUCACCCAGGGAGACGAAAUGACGGACAGUUACAGUCAAAUUUGUUUCCAGUUGUGGUCUAAGUGUUGUUGUGGACCCCUUGUUGUCUUCAUCAAUGUCCAGCUUUUAUUAUGGUGAAGAUUUUAAACGUCAGCAGACGACAGAAUGUAUAUUUAUGCCCUUUACACGAGUCGUUGUUUUUAAUACUUCUGUGAAAACAGUAUUUGCUGUAGAAAGAAACACUUUUGAAAAAAUGGUUUUGUCAAUAAAUGUGAAUCUAA